AUGAAAUUCUAUGACGCACCUAAUAUCGACAUCGCCAAUGUGGAAUUCGUUGAGAUGAUUAAACAGACGGAUCGUUCGUUUCUGUGUCGAGCCCGCUGGGAAGACAAGGACUGCCUGCUCAAGAUGCUUAAGAAAUUCUACGACGAAACUUUUCCAGAGGGUCUAGAUUCGGAGGGUCUAGACCGAAAGGCUCGGCCAAAUGGUGUCCUAAUCGAAUAUAUUCCUGAUCUGAAUAUGAUCGAUAUCUCUAAUUACACGGAGCAAAGAGCUCAGAAACUCAAGCAGCUCCUAGCUGAGAUUCAUAAAGCUGGGAUUGUACACCUUGAUCCUUACCCCAGAAAUAUGCUGAUCCAGGGUGAUUCUGAUCGGGUACUCUGGAUCGACUUCGAACUUUCCCAGAUAUAUGAUCCAGAGCACUUAGAGCAUCCCAGAUAUUUUACCUUUGAAAGGGAAGAUAUGGAUCGCUUCAUACAAAAGCUGGUAAUUUUAUCAGUCCUAGUUUGA